AAUGAGAGACGUCAAAGGCUGCGCCACCUUCCCCAGUUCGGUUCUCUUUGUUUCUUUCAUCCAAAACGCGCUUCCCUUACCCUGCCUUCGUCCCUCUUCUAUUUAUUUCAUGAAUUUUACAAUCUUCCCACACCACUCGAUCAUCGCUUCUUCACUUAUAGUAAUUAGAAAUAUAUCAACACCAACUUUAUCAUAACCAUGAGUACCUAUACCAAUCAACAACAAUCUCCAGUGACUGCAUACCCAGCAGUGGGAGAGAGCAAAAGUAGUGCUCCACCACCACCAAUGGGUUACCCCACCAAGGAUGCUCCACAGCAAUCUGUUCCAGUUAAAACCACCACCAGAGGUGAUGGCUUCUGGGAAGGAUGUUGUGCUGCAUUAUGUUGCUGCUGUGUCUUGGAUUGUUGCCUCUAAUUGAACUUCGUUUCAUACAAAAGAUUUGGGCUUGUUCCCCAUGUUCUCCUUUCUUAUUUAUUUUUAUUUUUAUUUUAUUUUUUAGUUUACCAAAUUACUUUUUUACCUUGUCUAAUAAGGAACUCUGUAUUGGCUGGGACAGAAAUUAUGAAUCCAUGUUAAGGAUCUUGUUGAUCUUUUGUA